AUGGUGCUUAUUGGUAUACUUGGCUUCUCUGGCACUAGGUUCUUCUAUGUACAGAUUCAGUGUCUUACUGAAGUUUAUAGUGGGGUUGCAUCUCCGAGUUCACUGUUGUCUCCCCCAAAAAACAUCUCACCAACAGAACGGGGUUCAUCUUUGGACGAGCUUAAUGUUUCAAUAAAUGAAGAGGCUCUGCCAAAUACUAAUGGUGAUGUUUCACAACUAAUUGGUUCGGUUCAAAGAAAGCCUGGUCGUGGUGAUACAACUUUAACAGUCACUUGCUCUGACAAGAUGGCUCGUUGGAGAGCUCUGCUUUCAUUCUAUCUGCAACCUGUUUACCUUUCUUCCAUUACUGUUGGACAAUCGCCUCAUGGCUCUGAAAUGGUUCUUGUUGUUGAUGUCUUGAAACAAGCGCUGCAUGAUCGCAUUCUACCAUUGUCAAAUGAGCUAAUGAGUCCCUUUCAAGUGAACCAGGGGCAGCAGCAGCAGCCAGCACACAAUAUUAAUGCUUCCAAGCAUCCAAAUUUGCUGGUAUUACAGGACAGGACAGCAGGGCUAUCUCAUCUCAAGGUCUCUUGGAAGAGAGCUUUGAAGCAUAAAUAUGAAAAGUUGGAGGCCAUUGAAGAAGAGAACUACAACAACUACUCUAAUCUUCUUGUUAUUGUUGUUGAUCUUCUUUGUUGCUGCGUUGGUAUCUGGAGGCUGGAUCGAUGCUGCUCUUAUUUUAAGAAAUCAAUCACACCAACCACAGACACAAGCACACCCAAGAGACCUGAAUUCCCACUGCAGGGUACCAAAGGAAUUAAUGUGACACAAGCUUGUCCAAGAACUUACCCUACCACACACGACCCAACAAAUCCUAGCCGUCCAUCCAAUCUCACAUGCCCAUCAUACUUCCGAUGGAUCCACGAAGAUCUACGGCCAUGGAAAGAGACGGGAAUCAUGAGGGACAUGAUAGAGAAGGCCCGUAGGACUGCACAUUUUAGGCUCUUCAUCGUGGACGGCAAGGCUUACAUAGAGAAGUAUACACAAUCCUUUCAAACUAGGGAUAUGUUUACGUUAUGGGGCAUUUUGCAGCUUCUAAGGGUGUAUCCCGGUAGAUUGCCUGACUUGGAACUCAUGUUUAACUGUGGUGAUCUGCCCGUCAUCCCAUCAAAGGACUUUCGGGGCCCGAAUGCUUGCCCGCCGCCGUUGUUUCGAUACUGCGGGGACGAGGGGAGCUUGGAUAUUAUGUUCCCAGAUUGGUCUUUUUGGGGCUGGGUUGAGACCAAUAUAAAACCAUGGAGAAGUCUAUUGCCAAGCAUAAAAGAAGGCAAUAAAAGAACUAAGUGGGAAGACAGGGUGCCCUAUGCUUACUGGAAAGGUAACCCAAAUGUGGCUCGAACAAGAAUGGACCUUCUCAAAUGCAAUGUCUCGGACAAAAAUGACUGGAACACACGUCUAUAUAUUCAGAAUUGGGUGCAAGAAUCUAAACGAGGGUACAAGGAUUCAAACCUAGAAAACCAGUGCAAGCACAGGUACAAAAUUUAUAUAGAAGGACGGGCAUGGUCUGUAAGUGAAAAAUACAUCAUGGCAUGUGAUUCUAUGACCUUGUAUGUAAGGUCUCGCUAUCACGAUUUCUUCAUUCGAGGCAUGGAGCCAUUGCAGCACUUUUGGCCUAUUAGGGACAACAGCAAGUGCACUUCUCUCAAGUUUGCUGUGGAAUGGGGCAAUAAUCACAAAGACAAGGCGAAGGCGAUUGGGGAGGCUGCGAACAACUUCAUACAAGAAGAUCUGAAGAUGGACUAUGUGUAUGAUUACAUGUUUCAUGUGCUAAAUGAAUAUGCGAAGCUCUUGAAAUUCAAACCAACUAUACCUCCCAAUGCAGUGGAACUGUGCUCAGAAAAAAUGGCAUGCCCUGCAACUGGUACAUAUAAGAAGUUCAUGGUAGAGUCUAUGGUGGAGUCUCCAAGUGAUGAGCUCCCAUGCACUCUGCCUCCUCCGUAUGAUCCUCUGGCUCUCCGCGAUUUUCUUGAGAGAAAGGCUAAUUCAACUAGGCAAGUGGAAGCUUGCAUAUAUUUUUAA